AUGUAUUACGAAUUGUUUGCUAUAACCCGUAUAGUGGAUCCAGUAAAUGGAAGUAAAGAAGCACAAAAGAUUGUUUCAACUAUUGGUAAGUUGAUUCUUAAUAAUAGAGGAAUAAUUAGAGAUAUUACUAGUUUAGGUGCAAGACCAUUACCAAAGAUCAUGAGAAAGGAACAAGAAAGAUAUUUCCAAGGUUAUCACUUUUUAUUAGGAUUUGAUGCAUCUUCCAAUGUACAAGAACAAUUAUUAAGAACGUUGAGAGCAGAUCCAAGAAUAUUGAGAUCUAGUAUAAAGAAGAUUGAUACAUCAAAGGCUUUAAAUCCAGGUUCAACUCUUCAACAAGCAGCUCUUGGGUUAACCAAGAACUUUUAA